GAAAAUGCUCAGCUCUCACAUCCAACCCAACCAUGGCCGCCGCUAUUCCGAGUCGCAUUGACUCCCCUAUUAGGUCCGUCCGCCGCGUCGAAUCGCCCUUCACCUCAGCCAUUCGCUUUCGUCCCCUCAUUCAACUUACUUGGACCACCAACGCCCGUGUCGAACCUCCCAUCCAGGCUCGUAGAACGUUUUUCGAGCUGCUUUUCCAACCCGUUAGGACUAUUUGCCGCGAACUUUUGAGCUUUGGCAGUAAAAAUGGAAAGCGCGCGGCUCGUGUGAGUCGCCUCGCGUCGCUUAUUUCGCCUUCCGCUGCGUGAACCCACCCACGCAGAGGCGACUAAUUUUGUCGUGAGCGAGUUCAAUUCGUUUAGUGACCAAUCCGUGGCUGGGGAUACGAAUUCAAUUCAUUUAGUGACCAAUAGUCAGCUUUCAGCCAUCAGCCAGCGUUACCGAGGUUGGGUGGUCCCUCCCUCCCUCCCACCAGGCCCGCUCACCCAGCCUCAAUCACCGCGUGCUCCCUCCAACGCCCAUUCUUCGUUUCUCGCCUUCCUCUCCCCAUGACCAUUCUAGCUUCUCGCACAUUCCACACUACGCCCAAUAUUCGCCCACUAGUCUCUAGCGAAUUUUUGUGAAACUAGAGGAACUGAAUCAGCCGCGGCUGCACUGGUAGCUUUCCGCCAAGGCUAGCUCCGUGGCUUCCUCGUUAUCAAGUCCGCGUCUCCGUCGCUGCUCCGUCGAAGUAACGAGGAGGAAAGCCUUCCGUCGAAGUAACGCGGGAGAAACCGUGCCGUCGGAGUAACGCCUGCGAUGCGGCGUUCUUGCACACCUCUGGUCCACGGCGACUGCGACGACUCGAGGGAGGCUCCUAUCGAGCGAACACUCGCGGAGGGAACUCGCGGACUCGUGAACGCUCCGAAUCGUCAUAAUUUCUGCCACCACCGCUCAGUUGGCACGUCCUGCAGCGACGCGGCCCAGUCAACACGACGUCGCAACGUGUCGCAACCGUCGCAAUUUUCGUUCUCGUCGCAUCCGUCGCGACGUGACAGUCAUCGCCGUGACAGACCUGGUGUCCGGCUUCACAUACCGUGGCCGGAUUGACUUUUGAGUCAACUCGGAAUGAAUCGUCUCCGAGACGAUCGUUCCGCUGUUCCGCCGCUAACGAGCUUUCCGCCGCUAACGUUACCCGGCGUACCAUUCUUACUGUCGGAUCGUUCCGCCGCUGGCGAUCCUCUCAAGUAUCGCCUUGGCAAAAGUCAUCUACCAUGAGGUCUCUCCUGCGAAUGGCAAGAUUUGACUAUCUCAAGUUUCCCUAUAAUUGCAUAUUGUUGGGCUGAUAAAAGCCCUUAGGAUCUUUCCAGAGACUAAGUCCCAGUUGUAAAAAAUGAGACUUGAGUAGUGCAGCGGAAGUUGAGGCAGUUGAACCCUUGUACUAGUAUAUGAGAACAAGUAUGGUGUUGGAGUGCCAGAAGCCGUCACUGUCGAAUUCUGGAUCAAGAUCCGGCGGGUGUGUCCAGGCGGCGAAUGAUACGAUGCCGUCGCUGUCGGCAGUACCGCGGUCGGGGACGAAGUCCAACACGAAGACGCCGGAUUUCAGGAGGGCACGACCGAUGAAGAGGCCACCCUUCCCGUGGUAUAGCCGAAACUCGUUGGAGUAGGAGUCGCACUCCAGCACCUCGGAUCUUCUCAGCGUCAGCCUGAAGCUUCAUUCGUCAUCGCCAUUUCCCGCCAAGUCUGCUGACCAUGGUUUCUGUCUUUUUCCUGAUUCAACCACCCGCAUUCCUCGGCGGGUAAGGCGGCUUAGCGUUUUCCCAGUACGUCUGAUCUAGCGGCACGUAUGUAUGUCGAAAUCUGGGAUAGCUUACGGCGAUGUCCGAUCAUGCUCGAUCAAAGGGGAGAGGAUGUACGGGGAGCUGGUCCAUGCGACCGUGUAUUGCGGAAAGGCAGCCUGAUUCUGACACUAUUAGGGAUUCGGGUGGACGGCAAUAUGAAGAGAAAGAUAGUCGUUUCUGCGAUCUCGUAGCGACCCGAACUCCUUUAAACCGGUCCUUAGACAGGCAACCCAUUCGCGAUAGGAGCGACUCGUUUUUCAGGCACGAUCAAUCCAGGCCGUACGAUGAGAAAUCCUUGCUAUUGCCACGCGGAAACUCCUCGAUUCCGGAAUCAUUGGGCUGCGACAAGAUUCCCAUACAUUCCGGAAACGCCGAACCAGGAAAUGUCCGUCUGGAUUUCCGCCGUGCCUCACGCUCCGAGUCGGAGUCGGAGCAGCCUCAGGCUCCUCUUUCGGGACAUCAUCUCGGCGCUUCGAAUGCCGCGUCCUUCGGCUCCGUCCGAAAUGGCUCCUCUUCGUCGUCGAUCCGAGUCGGCGAGAGCUACAGGGACAUCGCUACGGUGAGGAAUGACGGCCCAGCCGAAGGUCGUCUCGGCGCUUCAAAUGCGUCUUUCCCCUCCGUCCAGAAUGCUUCCUCUUCACCGGCGAUUCGACUCGACCAGGGCUACAGGGACAUUGCCACGGAGAAGAAUGACGGGCGAGUCGAGAGCGACGCGAACAGACAGGAAGAGCAGCUGCAUCAGGGACAGGAUCCUCAGCAGCAGCAGCAGCAGCAUCAGCAGCAGCAGCAGCAGCAGCAGCAGCAGCAGCAGCAGCAGCAGCAGCAGCAGCAGCAGCAGCAGCAGCAGCAGCAGCAGCAGCAGCAGCAGCAGCAGCAGCAGCAGCAGCAGCAGCAGCAGCAGCAGCAGCAGCAGCAGCAGCAGCAACAGCAGCAGCAGCAACAGGAGCAGCUGAACAGGAAGAGACGGCAGAGAGGUCUGAAAAGGGGUCGCGUCUCGCUUCAGAUGCUCGACACGUGGCUGGCUGAGCCUGAAUCUCCGCCGUUGAAGCAGGCUCGUUCGCCAUCCCCUUCCACCACUUGCCGCUCCGCCUCUGGGUCACCUGUCAAGUCGUCUGCAGCUGUCAGAUCGACCAGAUCCCCAGGAGACUCGCAUUUGGCAGGAGAUGGGACCAGAUCUCCAGGAGACAUCAAAUUGCCAGCAGAUGCCGAAUUGCCAGAACAUGCCAGAUUGCCAGGAGACAUCAAAUCGGCAGGUGAUGUCAAGUCGAUUAUGGGUUUCGAGAAUGUCAGGUCAUCGAGUAUUGCUCAUUCGGCGUCCAGAGGCAUCGCAUUUGUAAGUGAGGCAUCAGGGCGUUUGGAUGCUGAGCCAGAGCGAGCGGAUAAGGUUGAUGCUGCUGAGUCAGCAGCAGCGGAAGAGGCUGAUGAUGAGUGGAUGGAGGCUGCAGAACAGGUGAUGGCAGCAGUAGAAGCGGCUGCUGCAUCUGCUGCUAGUGCUUCUAGCCUUGCUGCUAUCUCAUCGUCUUCUGCUGCUGGUGCUGCAAGUGGUGCUGUCACGUUUGUUAGUAGCGGUGCCAAGGCACAGCAAGGAAGAGAAGAUGGAGAAUGGACCAGCGGAGCAGCCAUGCCUCCUCCCACCAGCGCAUCUCCCAGACCUCCGUUCGGCAAGUCGUUUACGUCACCAACUGACCCCUUCCAAGCCAUGUCAGCACAUGGAGCUGGCAACCCAGCACCUGGUGGUGGUGGCAUGUCAUCACAUGCACGGGGCAUGUCCCCUCGCACUCCUGCAGUUCCUCCUCCCACUGGUCCAAUCACAUCGCGCCACAUGUCACCAGCGACCCCAUCUACACGCAUCUCGUCACCAGCCACUGCAUCUCAACACAUGCCUCCUGUCCCCCCAUCUCAGCACUCUGCUGCACGUUCGUUUCUCACUCCCGCACUUGGCGGGGCAGCUACACAUGCGAGACUUGCAGUUACUCCAGAACAGCAGCGUGUAAGGCAAGCUGUUACACCACAGACGCACGUCGCAUCGGUUACUUCUCUGCAGCAUGUAACACCUGGUACUGGGUUACAGCGCACCACACCCGCCACCCCAGCCCGUCACUGCCGCACCCCUCCGAAUGCAGCCCCUGCAUCCUCGGUUGUAGCAGCUCCAGUAGCAGCAAGAGCAGCCGCUGCAGCAGCAGCAGCAAGUCCUGUGUGCGGUUCAAGCAUGGCUAUGGGCUCCCUUGCUGGCGUUGGUGCGGGCACAGAUGCUUCUGCCAGCACCUGUCCGGAGGUGCAGGAUGCCUGGGUCUUGAGGCGUCAUAUGGGCGCUGAAUUGGGGCCAGGGUGCCGUCUGUUUGAAACACCUGAGAAGGAGCCUGAGGGAAGCAGGGUACACAGCAGAACCGCUGGAGCAGAGGUGAGGAUGGCGGAAGGUGGGGAAGGGGGAGCAGAGAUAGGCACAGGGGCAUGUGCAGGUAUGCAAUCAGUGCUGGCAGGGGGGGUGGCAGAAGGGGUGGCAGCAACAGCAGCAACGGCAGCAAGAGCAACAGCAGCAGCAGCAGCAGGAGUGGCAUCGGGAAUUCUUGAAUGGAGAGUGGUGAAGCCAGGAGUUGACCCUGAUGCGAAGGCGGGUGUGGGGGAAGCGGAAACGAGGGCAGCAAUAGCUGGUGUGGCGGGCCUGGACAUGCUUGCUGGCAGUGCGGCGGUGACAUAUGUGAAAGCGGGUGGUGAUUGUGUUGAAAAGAAGGAGUCCGGUGCGUUUGUUGCUGCAGAUGUAGGGGGAGGCGAGGGUGGAGCUGUAGGUGAAGUGGAAGCAGCAGAAGCAGGAGCAGUAGGGGGGGGAGUGGAAGCAGCAGAAGCAGGAGAAGUAGCGGAAGCAGCAAAGGCAGAAGCAGAUGUCGCAGCAGCAGCAGCCGGUAUAAACGAGGAGCAGCCGUACUUGGCUCGUUUGAACGCAGAGCAGAGGGCAGCAGCAGCCGCAGAUGUGGAUCGGCCACUGCUGGUGCUUGCAGGGCCCGGUAGCGGCAAGACCUCCACCAUGGUGGCUCGCAUCCUGCAUCUGCUGCACGUGGGCGUGCCAGCCAAUCGCAUCCUUGCAAUGACCUUCACCACUGCAGCAGCCAAUGAGAUGCGGGAGCGCGUGCUGGCCAGCCAAGGAAAGAAGAGAGGAACGGCAGGGCAGAAAGGAAAGGAAGGGAAGGAAGGAAAGGAAGUGACGGCAGGGGAGGUGGCAGUGAGCACGUUCCACUCGCUGUGCCUGCAGCUGUGCAGGAGUCAUGCCGAAAAGUUUGGGCGGACUGCGGAAUUCCUGGUGUUUGGGCACAAGCAGCAGCGGAGGGCGAUCACUGAGGCUGUUAGACUGGCGCAGGGGGAGGGGGGAAAGGAUGGUGGGCUGGGGUGGAAGGGAGAGAACGGGGAGAUAGGGGAGAAAGGAGGGAACCAGGGUAAGGGGAUGGUGGGAUUGCAACAGGGAGAGGGCAGGCAAGUUGGCAAAGAUUGUAACGGGCGGGCAGUCGGAGCGGCAGCAGGUGUGGGGGCAGCAGCAGGAGUAGGAGCAGCAGGCAGGUGGGGGAAGGAGGGGGGGAAUAAGGAGAACGAGGAGAGGAAUGGAGGAGGGAAGGUGGAAGAGAGUGUGGAGGAGAGGGUGGCGAGGGAGGUGGAAGAGUUGAAGAAGAGCCGAGCAGCAGCUGCCAAAUGGGUCAAGUUUGUUGUCCGGGCCAAGGCGUCAGGCCAAACAGCUGACGACUUCGAAGCACGGGGCAACCAUGAAGCAGCACGCGUCUUGCGCGCCUACUCAUCCGUGCUGCAGAAGUGCAAUGCGGUGGACUAUCACGACUUCAUCCUCCUCUCCACGAUGCUGCUCACGGAGCAUAGCGACGUGCUAGAGGAGUGCGCCUCUGCAUGGACGCACGUGCUUGUGGACGAGUUUCAAGACACGUCCCGCAUCCAGUUCCAGUUCAUCAGAGCUCUCUGUUACUCCCACGGGCGCAUCACCGUUGUGGGGGACGACGACCAGUCCAUCUUCAGCUUCAACGGCGCCAACGCAGCCUCGUUCGACCUGUUCCGGCAGCAGUUCCCAAAUCACAGCGAGGUGCGUCUGUGCCGCAACUACCGCUCCACAAGCACUAUUGUGCGGGCCUCUGCCGCUGUGAUAGGCCAGAACCUUCCGGGAAGAAGGGCAGCGAAGGAGCUGUGCACUGACAAUGGCAGCGGGGAGAAGAUCAGGGUCGUGGAGGUGCGGAACGAAGCCUCUCAGUGUGCCUUCGUGGCUGACACAAUCAUGUCCCUCAUGCACCAAGUGCACGCUCACAGCAGCACGGACAUUAUCAAUCGUGGGACCACUGCAGCGAUCAGCUGUGCAUCAGGCAGCAGUGCAGCAAACAGCAGUGCAGCAGCCCCUCUGGCGUGGAGUGACGUGGCAGUGCUGUAUCGACGGCAGGUGACAGGCCGGGCGUUUCAAGCUGCAAUGCGAGAGAGAAAAAUCCCCUUCAACGUGCAUGGAGUGGCUUUCUACCGCAAGAAGGCCCUUCGCAACGUGCUGGCUCUGCUGCGUCUCUCCCUCCCAGCACUUGUGGACAACACCGCCGCCCGGCGGGUCUGGAAGCUACUGUUCAGCCGAGAGAAGGACGAAGGGAAGAAGGCAGCAGAUCACGUGGAGCAGAGGGCCAGGGACCGUGGCUGCAGCUUCCUGGAAGCUGCAGAGAGCAUUUUUUCGGGAAAGGUCUCAGGAAGGUUCACCAGGAAACAGCUCAAAUCCGGCGCCUUAGUUCUCAGCACAAUCCGCAUCGCUCGUAAUCUUCUCAAAACGGAGGUCUCCCUCACGUCCUUUGUUGAUUCCGUCAUCAAACUCAUUCCUGAGAGGGCUGCCUUCAGUUCUCGGGCAACAGUGAGCGAAACUUCGGGGAAACUUCUCAACGAGGACGAUGAUAUGCGGACGGCCCGCGAAUUCCUCCUGGACGACAUCAGCACCUUCCUCUCCCACCAGUCGACCAGACCACCACCUGAAGACAUCACCUGUGCACCCGAUGCCGACACAACUGGCUGGAUUCCCUCCUCCUCCUCCUCCUCCUGCGCUGCUCUGCUGCGGGCCUUUCUGGACUAUGUGGCGGCCAGGGAGGCGCAGAACAACGCUGUCAGGCGGAGGGAGAAUGAAGACUCGGUGACUCUCACCACCAUGCACCAGUCCAAGGGCCGGGAGUGGCACACGGUCUUCGUAGUGAGCGCCAAUGAGGGGGAGACACCUCUGCAGAACAGAUUCGAGGAGGAGAGGGGGAGUGUGGAGAGGGGAGGGGGAGGAGGGGGGGCGAAGGGGGGUGAGGAGGGGUCAGAGGAAGAGCCCCUGUCGUUGGAGGAAGAGCGACGGCUGUUCUAUGUGGCAAUGACACGUGCUCGCCACCGAUUGGUCAUUGUGUCGCUCAGACAGACACCUGAGAAGCAGAUUCUCCAACCCUCUCGUUUCAUCUGGGAGAUUCCCUCUGAUCUGCUGCUCUGGCAAGGCCACGCCGCCAUCACAGCCCCUGCUGUCAUACCCCGUGACCCUGCCCAUGGUUACCCCCCUGACGCUGCUGCGGAUGGAGACAAGGAGGGGCAUCGGAAGGGGGUCAGGGCUCUGUGUUCUGGAGGUGCUGCUGGAGUGAACGAGGGCGUUAUGGCAUGUGAUGAUCUAGCAGGGUGCAGGGGAGGAGGAGAAGGAGGGACAGGGGAGCGAGUGAAGGGUGAGGAGAGGGAGGAGGAGGAAGAAGAGGUGAAGGGCGUUGGUGGGGAGGAGGAGUUGGUGGGGGGAGGAGAGCUGCCUACUGGCGAUUUCCUCAAAAGCUUUCCCGUUGACCACCGUGCUAGCAUUGCUUCAAUCUUCCACUCCUGGGCGCGACGCCCAGCCUUCCAGCAGUCAACUCGCCUCCUGGCAAAGGUGCGGGCUGUGGUGGAUAGCAGGCAGAGCAGUGGAGCAGCACGAUCAGUUGGUAACAAGGAGGCUCUGAGGCUACUGCGACCGCUCCUGGCCUCCCCACAAGCAGCUUCGUUUGCAGCACACGUGAUAGCAUGGGAGCAGCUGCCAUUUGAGCAGAGAGCACUGCACCGUGUAGAGCGACAGGAGAUGUUUCAGCAGCAAAAUUCCGAGAAGGCUAUGUCUAAAUCAAUGGCAACACCAAAGCAAGUAUGCAAGGUUCGCCUUAUACACUAUUCUAUAAACAGGUGCUUUCAUUUAAUGUGUACGAGGUUGCUGCAUCUUGUAUUUGUUAACAUGUGCAGUUGUCAUUCCUGAAGCAGCUUGGAUGUACCGUCCAACCUUCUUCCCGACUACAUGCCUCAAAACUGAUUGAGCAGUACAAGAGUUUAUGAACCUAUUUUCGUGUUAAGUACGUUCACAAUGGCUAAGCAGAGUCGCACCGUUUGCUAGUUGGAUAACCUGCCUAUGACGGGUAGGGCUGGGACCUUGCAGAUUUUACUUUCCUCGUCCGAAUGUGAGCGGGAAAUUUGUUCAUUGAUU